AUGCCUGGUCGUGGUACUCAUGACGCAUCCUAUCCACUGCAGGAUUACCAACGCCUCCAUCCACAUGAUCUAUACUAUCAUCACAAUGGCAAUGGCCAUGGUCACGAAAGCCCUCCUGAGCACUACGAUACUCGCAACCCUACACGAGAUUUGUCCCCAGUGGCAGAAUCCAGCACAGACCAUGGCAUGGAACGGGAGCGCAGUCGCUCGCAGGCAUACUCCGACCAUGACAGAUAUAGCCCGGCUAUGGACUAUGGAUACACGCGCCGUGAAUAUGGAUACCCUCCCCGUGGUGAUUUUGACGAUCGUAGCCAUGGAAUGCCUCCCCAGCACAGCAGAGGUUACUAUCCUGACCCCCAUGCUCAUGGGAGACGACCUGGAUACACCGCGGACUCCAGGUGGGCCGGUCACGAUUCACGCAGUCCAUACUAUGGACCAAGUCCCAACUCGAGCUCUCAGGCAGAGUACCCAGGCAAGGCGCCUCCUUCUACUUGA